AUGCCAAUGGGUGACCACGCCGCGAUGGUCACAACGGCGUUGACAGCGCAGAGUCGCUCAGCGCAGUUGCAAAAAAAGCGCGAGUGGCGCGGACGGCGACAACUUCACCGUGGCACGGAACACGACGAUGCUGUCCUCGCCGCCUGGCCAUCCACUGGAAUCGGCACGCAAUACCAUACCUUAGCCGUAUUCCGCCUUGGUGGGAACUACGACGGGUCAGAGGAGAACAGGACUGCGCUAGCGGACGCGUCGCCAGAGCCCGAACUACGUGAGGAAAGUUUAGAUUGGCGCGGAGGAGCGAAGAACAAGCAGUACGUGGGAGGUGGUUCGCGGAUGGGGAUCGAUGAGGUGGAUAUGCGUCGAUUGCGGUUGGACGAGGAUUCUGGAGGAGAGAAAGAGAUCCAUUCUAGAAAGGGAACGGACGUACCGGCUGACAAGAAUGCGAGUCCAGACGCACGGGACGGAGGAGAAGGUUUCGAAAGGGAGCAAUACGAGAGAACGGGUUGGAUGCAAGCCAGCGAGCACGAAAGCUCCGAGCUGGAUAGCGUGGCGGUUGCAGGGUUGCAGGGCGAAAAAUUCACAGGUGAGGAGAGCGCACGUAGACUUAGAUACAGCACGCCCACUCGCACCAAAGCAAGAGCCAAGUUGAAGGGGAUCGCCCAUGUCAAGCUAUGGCUCUGGUACUCAACACGCUCCGUUAUCUACCCUCGACAUUCGCCAGAGACAGUUGACACCCACUCGACACGUCUAUCGCAGAGCGACGCCUAG